GGCGGCUGGGCGGCGCUGGUAGGCCCCGCUAGGGAGAACGGGUCAGGAUGGAGCGACGGGGCCGACAGCCGAAGACCACCUCCAGCGCAGCGCCGCAUCAGUCCCCGGCUAAGAGGGAUAGGAGGCUUAGCAUGUUCGAGAAGGAGUCAGUGAGUGGAGACCGGGAGGCCUGAGGCAGCUUGCCCUCCCCUUACCAAGGCUCUGUUAGCUGUCAGUGCCGGGAGCCCCGGAAAGCCGGCUGCCCCUUCCUCCCGCUUUUGUUUUUGUUUUUAACCCCGGGGGAACGGAGUUUAGGCGGAACAACGUCGUUUAGAUGUUGAAGGCUCAGGAUUUUUCGUUGUGAAAUCCGAGGAGCUGUACGUUAACUACUAGAAAGUUUUUACAGAGUUUUCAGAGUUGCAAACGUCCAGAGUUGUGCAAAAUAUAAUUUGAACGGUUGUAUUACGCCCUAUAAAAGCAAUUUUAGUAUACACAAAGUUUACCAACCCCAAGUGAGUUUAUACCAUAUAGAUGGACAUUAAUGUACACACCCACAUGUAUACAUGGAAAAAGCUGACACGCAAAGAUCAAUGAAGGGCUUUUAAAGAAUAUUCUGUUGUUUUAAGAAUAAGGAAAAAUUGAAAAUAUUCUAGUUAUUUCUCUGAUAUCAAUGGGAAAAAUCAUCAUUUCAGUAGAACACUGGCAUAUCUAUAUGGUUGUCCUUUGGAAACCAUUAAUGUAAUCAGGACCCCAUCGUCUUUUGAGGCAAUAAGGGAAAACAGUUUGCUCAAGGAUGCAAAACUACUAAUGCUGAGCUUAGAACCUAGAACACCUGGUGGCUUCUUUCCAUACCACUUCAUACGGCUCAUGAAUGAUUGGUAGAAGGAAGCUAGAUACAACAGAAGAAGGCACAAAUUUUUGGAAACUGAAUUACUUCAGGAUCACCUGCAGUGAUGACAUUUCAGGUUUUAAUGUCUCUUUAGUGACAGUGUUUUACAGAAAAAAGAACAAACAGGAAAAAAAACAGUAUGCGCAGAUCUUAAAAGAAAGACUGAGAGAAUCUUUUCAUGAUGUUCAGUAUGUGGAACCUCCAUUUGAUGACUCGAUCGCUGAUAUAGGCAAAGAAUGGAAGAGUGCCCUGGCAAAAUUAAAGUUUGCUAAUUCAUAUAGAAUGGAGCCAUUGAAGAAAUUCCAAGCACAUUCAGUAGAAACUAAAAUCCAGCAGAUAUUAAAGAUUGCCAGCAGAUGGAUCUGGGAUGUGGCAUGGGACAGCUGGGUAGAAGCUAAACAUGAAACAGAGUCUUACGUGGCAUUGGUUUUGGUAUUUGCUCUCUAUUGUGAAUAGCUCAGGACAAAAACAGUUUCACAUACACCCCCCCUUCAAAAUAAAUGACAUAAACAGA